AUGAAGUUCUCCGCUGCUUUCACUGUCGCUCUAUUGUCUUUGGCUAAGUUCAUCGCUGCUGAUUCUGAAUCUUUCGGUUUGGUUUCUCUAAGAUCCGGUUCUCCUUUGCAAUUCUCCGGUGUCUACGCUAAGGAUGGUGCUUUGUACUUGGGUAGCAACCAAAACUUCUCUGGUGUCGUUACCGAUGACGGUAAGUUGAAGUUCUCUGACAACUCUUACGCUGUUGCCGGUGACGAUGGUUACUUGACCACCACCACUGAUGCUUCCAAGGCUACCACUGGUUUCGCUGUCAAGAACGGUUACUUGCAACUAAACAACAGUGAAGCCUUCUACGGUGUUCAAUCCGGUAGCGACUACAAGGUUGCUGUCAAGAGCGAAGGUUCCAACUCUCAAAGUGUUUCUCUAUCUGCUAGAAGCACCAACGGUCAAACCGUCCCAGACUUCACCCCAGGUUCUUCCGGUUCUUCUUCCGGUUCUUCUUCUGCUGCUCCAGCUUCUUCCGCUGCCCCAGCUUCCUCUUCUGCUGCCCCAGCUUCCUCCUCUGAAGCUGCCAAGACCUCCGCUGCCCCAGUUUCCCAAAUCGGUGACGGUCAAAUCCAAGCUACCACUGCUACUCCAAAGCCAACUGCUCAACCAGUUUCCCAAAUUGGUGACGGUCAAAUCCAAGCUACCACCGGUACUCAAUCCGUCCUAGUCAAGACCGAUGUUGGUAACAACGCUGGUAAGGUCACUCUGGGCUCUUCCGCUGCCGUUGCUGCUCUGGCCGCUCUGCUGUUGUAA